AAUUUCUCUACAUCCCAGUCCACCACUCAAAGAUAUUUAGUCCUAUACAACAAAUGGCUUCCUUUAAUAUUGCAUGCCUUCUCAUCAUCUUCUCACUUACUAUUCACCAAACUUCAUCUCUUAGCUCAGAGUACUACUCAAAAACUUGUCCAAAAGCCGAAGAGGCCGUGACCGAAGCCGUGAAGGCAGCGACAGCGAAUGACCCUACCGUUCCUGCAGCAUUACUGAGAAUGCAUUUCCAUGACUGUUUCAUUAGGGGAUGUGAUGGUUCAGUGUUGCUGAAAUCAAAUGGGAAUAAUAAAGCAGAAAAGGAUGGUCCUCCAAACAUAUCAUUGCAUGCAUUCUAUGUAAUAGAUAAUGCUAAGAAAUCUUUGGAGUAUAUGUGCCCUGGUGUGGUUUCUUGUGCUGAUAUUUUAGCCCUUGCUGCAAGAGAUGCAGUAGUACUGUCAGGGGGUCCAACUUGGGAAGUGCCAAAAGGAAGGAAAGAUGGAAGGAUCUCAAAAGCGAGUGAAACAACUCAACUUCCUGCUCCCACUUUUAACCUCUCUCAACUUCAACAAAGCUUCUCCCAAAGAGGCCUCUCCGUUGAAGACCUUGUAGCUCUCUCAGGAGGUCACACACUGGGGUUCUCCCACUGUUCAUCAUUCCAAAACAGAAUACACAACUUUGACAGCAUUAAUGACGUAGACCCAACACUGAACCCAAGCUUUGCAUCAAGCUUGAGAAGUGUGUGUCCCAUGCACAACAAAGUCAAGAAUGCAGGCUCCACCAUGGACUCCACUUCCACCACCUUUGAUAACAUUUAUUACAAGCUUUUGCUUCAAGGCAAGAGCUUGUUCUCUUCUGACCAAUCUCUUCUUUCCCACCCUAAAACCAAGGCAUUGGUCUCCUUGUUUGCCUCUUCUCAUGAUGCUUUCUCUCAAGCUUUUGUUAAGUCCAUGAUUAAGAUGAGUAGCUUGAAUGGUGGACAAGAAGUCAGGUUGGAUUGCAAGGUUGUUAAUUAAUUAAUUAACUUGAUGAUCAUGGUGAUGAUGAUUAUUAUGGUGUUCAUGAUCUCAAUUGUUUAUAUAUAUAUAU